CUACACUCGGGUGGUAGGGUUGUGUUUUAUUCCCUUGCAGAGGGUUUUUAGUGGCUGGUUGUGUUGUUGACUCCGUUAAAGGUUGGUGUGAUGAAGGAGGAGAUUGCUGCUGCUGUUUUCUUUAUGGCUCAACUGGUAAAGAGAUACAGCUGUUUGGAUAAUGAGUCCAGGGAGCGCUUUGCUGCUGCGCUCACCUCUGUUCUCUUUGACAACUACAAGAACCACUGGUACCCCAACACACCCAGCAAGGGUCAGGCCUACAGGUGUCUGCGUAUGAACCAUACGAUGCCGCAGGAUCCGGUGCUGCAGAAGGCCUGCGAGCAUGGCACUGUGAGAUACGAGGACCUGGGUCUGCCCAAGGAGAUCACAAUUUGGGUCGACCCUGGAGAAGUUUCCUGCAGGUAUGGCGAACACAGCACUCCAUUCUGUGUCUCAGUGAUGGACAGCAGGCGGCGGGGAGAUAAAGAGUUUUCCCGCCGCAUCAAUGAUGCUGUUGAGCGGGCCAGCCUUGACAUCCCAUCCGGAGGUUCCUCAGACGAAGAGGGGGCUGGAGAAGACAACAGCAGCCUUCCAGCUGUGGUUACUGCUCCAGUCCCACCUGCCGACACGGAGCCCAAAACUAUCCCAACCGUCAGCAACCCAAACAGUGUCUACAGGUUCAUGGAGUUUGCUCCCGGUGCCCCUCAGCUCUGGCUAACUUACCCAAAGCGAAAGGCCUUUGCUGGUGAAGCAUUUCCACUUCAUGCUCCUCUGCCUGCAGGCCCAAACUCCCAGUUCUCAAGCACAAAAGGCUUCAAGUCCUACCGAGCCGCAUUUACCUUCACUGGACCUCGUGUUGACAAGUACCACUGGGUCAGUAAAUCCAGGUCAUAGGACAGGCUGAGACACCAACCAAUAACCACUCAUCCAUGCAUCUGAAAGUGGAUGUGGAAAU